UAUCGACCUCGGCCGGCCGCGCCUGACGGCGGCGUCAAAACGCCUCUCCAACCCAAGUCGACAAACACCAUAGAUCGUCUAUCACAGCCAUUCAGAUGCCCAGGCUCUGCGACUCCUACUCGCGCGUCUGAGAAACCUGCGCGGAAACGACGGAAGGUCAACUAUGCAGAUGCUGAUGGGAGCACGGAAGAUGGGGCUGAGAAGCCAUACACGAACGACGAUCGCUUGGCCCUGGCAACCCGAGAAGUUAACAAGUUUCCCGUUUUCAAGCCGAAGGACAAAGACGCGGCUUUUCGACAGAGAUUUCGCAUUCCUUUGAUUAAUAAAGCCACUGAUGCAUACAACACGAAUCGCCCAGCGCCAACUUUGGGAUUACGACAAGGCGCAACUUUUGUCGCCAAACCGUUACAUGACCCAAGUGGGGAGUUUGCUAUUGUAUUAUAUGAUCCAACUAUUGAUGAUGUCCCGGAAGAUCAGCCAAAAGACCUGGAUGCACCCAAGGAGGAAGAGACACAGAAGCUGGAAGAACCGUUGAUGCAUAAAAGCUUGGCAGAUAUUCUUGGUUUAAAGAAGAAAGUGGAAGGCCGACCAAAAGUACCGGUUGUGAUUGAUCCCCGGCUAGCCAAAAUACUUCGCCCACAUCAGGUAGAAGGCGUUAAGUUCUUGUAUCGUGCCACUACUGGAAUGAUUGACAAGAAUGCCAAUGGAUGCAUCAUGGCAGAUGGGAUGGGUCUUGGGAAAACGCUUCAAUGUAUCUCUCUGAUGUGGACAUUGCUCAAGCAAAGUCCUGAGGCUGGCAAAACGACCAUCCAGAAAUGUGUGAUUGCUUGCCCGUCCAGUUUGGUUGGAAAUUGGGCAAAUGAAUUAGACAAGUGGCUUGGCAAGGGUGCCACUACUCCAUUCGCAAUUGAUGGCAAGGCCUCUAAAGCAGAACUCACUCUCCAGAUUAAGCAGUGGGCCAUUGCAUCUGGACGAGGUAUUGUCAGACCGGUUCUCAUCGUUUCAUACGAAACCCUUCGGAUGUACGUAGAUGCACUGAAGGACACACCUAUUGGUCUGCUGUUGUGUGAUGAGGGCCACCGACUGAAAAACAAAGAGAGCUUGACGUGGACCGCCUUGAAUAGUCUCAACGUGAGCAGACGUGUGAUUCUCUCUGGAACGCCUAUUCAAAAUGACCUGUCGGAGUAUUUUGCUCUGCUCCACUUCGCCAAUCCUAAUUUGCUAGGCUCUCAAAACGAGUUCCGCAAACGUUUCGAGUUGCCCAUCUUACGAGGUCGGGAUGCAGCAGGUACUGAAGAGUCCCGCAAGCUCGGCGAUGAGCGACUCCUAGAGCUAUCGAACAUUGUCAACAAAUUCAUUAUUCGUCGCACAAACGAAAUCCUAUCGAAAUAUCUCCCUGUCAAAUAUGAGCACGUCGUCUUUUGCAACAUGUCUCAAUUUCAGCUCGAUCUUUACAAUCACUUCAUUCAGAGUCCUGAGAUCCGAAGCUUACUCCGCGGGAAAGGCAGUCAACCACUCAAGGCAAUCGGGCUGUUGAAGAAACUUUGCAACCAUCCGGAUCUUUUGGAUCUUUCGAAUGAUUUACCAGGCUGUGAGCAUGCAUUCCCGGAAGACUAUGUAGCGCCAGAUGCACGCGGUCGUGACAGGGAGAUCAAAAGCUGGUAUUCCGGGAAAAUGAUGGUCCUUGAUCGCAUGCUGGCUCGUAUACGCCAAGAUACGAACGACAAGAUCGUCUUGAUCAGCAAUUACACCCAAACAUUGGACCUCUUUGAGAAGCUCUGCCGUUCGCGAGCCUACGGUUCCUUGCGCCUCGACGGCACUAUGAACAUCAAGAAGCGGCAAAAGCUUGUGGAUAAGUUCAAUGAUCCAGAUGGCCCUGAAUUCGUGUUCUUGCUGAGUAGUAAGGCUGGAGGAUGCGGCUUGAACUUGAUAGGAGCCAAUCGAUUGGUACUGUUUGAUCCUGACUGGAACCCAGCAGCUGAUCAACAGGCUUUGGCCCGAGUUUGGCGUGAUGGACAGAAGAAGGAUUGCUUCGUAUACCGUUUCAUUGCGACCGGAUCGAUUGAAGAGAAGAUUUUCCAACGUCAGUCACAUAAACAAUCUUUAUCGUCAUGUGUUGUGGAUUCUGCUGAAGAUGUCGAGCGACACUUUUCUCUGGAGUCCUUACGCGAACUCUUCCAAUUCAAGCCGGAGACACGCAGUGACACCCACGACACCUUCAAAUGCAAACGCUGCCGACCCGAUGGUACCCAGUUCAUCAAAGCGCCAGCUAUGCUUUACGGUGAUACCAGUUCGUGGAAUCACUUUGUAAAUCUGGGCGAGCAGGGGCCCUUGUCUCAAAUUCAAGAUCUUUUGAUGCGACAGGAGGCUGGGGAAAGAGAUGUUUCCGCUGUUUUCCAGUACAUUAGCCAUUAA